AGACUAGUUCAGCUUGUUGUACAACUUUCGUUGGCCCAGUUAGCUUGUUUACAGUUGAUACUUUGCAUGAAUCUGGCGAAAGGUUGUGUUGAGCUCAACAGCCAAUCGAAGUGCACCUCUAAUGCGAGUGGCCUUUCGGUUUCGUUUUCAUUGAACAAACAAGGUGCAACCAGAGCCCGUCUACGGAUAUUAUUAGACAUUCUCUGGUGCAACUAAAGACCACUGUGUGUAACUAGCCUACCCCAAACAAGAGCCCGAAACGGACAACCUGGAGAAACGUUGGAAAAACAUCUGGUGAAAAUGGCUAUGAACGGUCGUGAUUCACAAGGAGAUCAUAGGUCUAUGGAAUGUGAUGUACCAGGAAGCAAUAUGGAAAUACCAUCACUGAUCUUGCUAAUUCAACAUUCAUUAUCUUAAAAGCCUCCCACAGGUCCACCUAAGUCAGGUGCAGUAGGGCCUCCAAACCAGGGCACUUACAUUCACCAUGAGCAACAAUCACAAAUGCAACAAGACAUGUCUUCCCAAGCUGAUGGAGAAGCAGCGCCACACAGAGAGCUGUUCCCCACUACAGGAUCUUCAUCUGGUGUUGUAGACCCAGCAGGAACACAGGCACACAAUCACAGUGAUACUCCCCAAAGUUCUACGAAAUCUGAGGAUGUUCCCAAACAUUUAGCUGCUAUAACUAAGCAGCCUUCAAAAACCCCAUCAUCACCCUAUACAUCACAUCAACACUUUGGACAAUCCAGUAGAGAUAGCCCGCAACAGGCCCCCUUGACCCAAGGAAAUUCCAGUCAUCCUUCCACAUAUAGAGAAACAACAAGUUCAGUCCCAAAGAAAUUCACUGAGCCUCCAGGAAUGACAACAAAUACCCUGGAACAAAUACCAAGAGCACAAGAACAGUAUGGCCAGAUGUCACAACAGAGUCCCUUUGGCCAAGGUUCCCAAGAUCAGGAUGAAAUGAAACCAUCAGAGGAUCUGAUGCAGCAGUCUCCCCCCCAAGAUGUUGCAGCGGUCCUUGUGCAAAUAAAAUGCAAACUAAAAGAACGGCCACAAAAAUGGCAAAUGAGUUUACAGAAGGCCCUCCAGACAUUUUGCAGUAAACUUCCUGGGAAUGUUGAGAUUUGCCGCCUACACAUUUUGGACACCAUUUCAGACCCAUUGUCAGCAAAGAUUAUCGUAAAUUCUUCAUCAGCCUGUGAAAUGCUGUUAACCGAAAAGACAGUAACACUAAAGCUAAAGGACAUAAAUGAAGAAGCUACGGUGAACUUCAAAACUGAAGUACCAGUAGAUGAGCCAAUAGAUGAGCCUUCUCCAGUGCCAGCCUUCCGCACAAAAUAUGCAAAGUCUGGGGAAAAAGCACGAGAGAUCCCAAUAACAGUGAGUGCGGUUGUGGAUGUCAAGAAGUAUGACCCUCAUCUUGCUAAUAAACUCCUGAGGAAAUUCAAACAACACAUUACACAGGAUAGUAUUCUCACUGUGAGCGGGACCUUUGAAAAGGUGGAAGAAUUUUACAAGGAAUUCCGUCAAGUUGUUGGACAGCCAAUAACAAGUAAUACCCACACUGUGUCUGAACACACCAACCCCGACCAGAUGGAGACCAGUAGAGAGAUUAGUAGCGAGACUUUGAGGGUGCCACUGUAUCAGUAUUGGUACUUGAAUCACAUGCACAGGAAGGAAAUAGAAAGUAUUGAAGAGAAACAUGGAGUGACGAUCAAAGCUGAUGUGUGUGUUUCAGUUGAAGAGACUACUGGAGCCAACAGCAAGUCAGUCACAAAUGCCUCUCAGGAAUUUCAAGAAAUGUUCCUGAAAUGCGCUGCUGAUAUUGUUAGUGUCCCAGUACCAAGUGUGGUUGCUUUGGUAAAGGAGAUUCAGAGCUUGGAUGACAAACUCAUGCUUAAUACCUCUGCCCAGAACGGGAAACUAGUAGGGCCACGUAAUCAUGUAGCCAUAGCACAGAGAGAGUUGAAUCUGAUAGAUUACAAGGAUGAUCCAAGAUCAAAGAGAUCUGAGAGUGCAUGGCAGGACACAGCUCAAAACAUGAAUCUCCGUGAGAGAUGGGAUGCACCCAAAGUAAUUGAGAUGAACAUCAAGGACCCUCUAUUAUCCAAAGGGCUGCACAUUACGAAUGGCUGUUUGGAGCUCAUGAAGAAAGCUUUCAAGAAGCAAAUUAAAGAUCUUGAGAAUAAAUUUGGUGUUGACUUCCAGGAAAAGAAGACCGAUGAAGAUGUAACUAUCACAGCUCAGACCAGGGGGAAUCAAAUAGUCAAUCUGGAAAUGAAUGCCCUCAGGGCACUGAUGUCUCUUUAUCAAAAAGCUCUCACGACAACUAUGUACUGUCCUUUGCAAAACGCAUCUCACAACCAAACAGAGAUGGUAAAGAAGCAUCUCAGCGACAUCCGGGAACAAAAUUCAUCUCUUGUUGUUGCAGAUGGAUUUGAGAGUGGAGUCUGGAUGAUGAUUGGCCUUCCAGAUCAUCUACGUUUUGCAGUAAGUGAAAUCGAGAAGAGGCUACCUGGACCUAUCUUUGAUGAAAAACACAAGGACAUAAUUGGAUAUGAGCGAGGUAUCGAGUUUUUGAGACCGUAUGUUGAUGGCUUAGCAUGGGAAGCUGUGAAAGAGAAUGAAGAAAUGGAGUGGGAACAUGGAGCAGCAGGUGGGGAAGGAGUUUAUGAGAAAAUGGGAGAGCAAGGAGGAGCAGGAUGGAAAGCAAAUAGGGGAUUUGAGGGUGGUGCAGAAGGAUAUGGAUCAUCAGUGUAUGGAGCCACCAGUACUGGUCUAUAUGGAGAAGAGGAACGAAAACUAGGAUCACCUGGGCGGAAGGCAGCAAAUGGAUAUGAAGGACAAGAACAGAGGGAGACAGGUUCAAGAGAAGGACCAAAUGGUAAUCACAAAGGACUAUCUGGAGGAAAAGAUGGAAGUGGACCCUCAGAGGACGAGACCUGCCCUAUCUGUAUGGACGAGUUUACCGACAAAGAGAAGCUGUCGUGUGGCCAUGCUUUCUGUAAGGACUGCCUAAGACAGUCAGUGGAAAGCAUGGGUGCCAGCUGCCCGGUGUGUAAGAAGGUGUUUGGAAAGAUUGUGGGAGACCAGCCAAAUGGAACGAUGACACACUAUACACAGAGUCUAUCCCUUCCUGGGUUUAAACGAUGUGGCAGCAUAGUAAUUAACUAUCAAAUUCCCAGUGGCAUUCAGUCGAACAAACAUCCCAAGCCAGGUAAACCAUUCCUAGGUACACAUAGAACAGCUUACUUGCCAGACAACAGGGAAGGGAGGGAGGUACUGGCACUCCUGAAGAAGGCCUUUGACCAGAGGUUGAUAUUUACAGUGGGCACCUCACGCACCAGUGGCACGGAUGACUGUGUGACCUGGAACGACGUCCAUCAUAAAACCAACAUCCAUGGAGGAGCACAAAGUUUUGGCUACCCGGAUGAUGACUACCUGAAGAGAGUGCGAGAUGAACUCAAAGCCAAAGGCAUCGAGUGAAGAAGCUGCCAUAUUAAAGGCUUAGAUUCAGACAGCAAGGGUGGAUGUCUGUGAUAGUAUCCAAGUAUUUAGUCUUCUGACCUUUCUGUUCUUAAGAUUACUUACAUAUUUGAUUAAUAUCGGGCUGUUUGAAUUGUGUGUGAUCAUAGCAAUGUUGGGAACUAGCAGGGAAAUCUCAAAAGUUUAUUCUACUGAAAAUGUCUUGGUUUUUCUCGCUGGUUUUUCCCCCUAAUAUCUUGUGAUGGAGUAUUAUAUAUAUUGGGGUCUUCAAAUCAACUAAAAUUAUUUUUUUUUUAAAACCAUUGUAUGGAACUUACAUUAAUUUGUUUAAAACAUUUUUAAUGCCUCAGAGGAGGGAAAAUAUAGUUGAAAAUGUUUGUUGCCAUUAUGAAUAAUAAAAAUACAACUGCCAGUUUGGAAUA